AUGGCGUACCGUAGGGCACCAAUAUCGACUCUCACCCUCAAUUACAGGGGUCUGAAUGCUCCGGAGCGUAGAACUCAUCUCUUAAAAGAACUGAUGAAAAAGCACAUCUCGGUGACGAUGCUCCAGGAAACUCAUUUUAGGGAGGGGGUGGCCCCUUCCCUGCGCAACAAAUCAUACCCGAACAACCACUUCUGCAACCACCCUUCUGCUCGCACAUCUGGUGUGGCCAUAUUGCUCGCAGCAGAUCUUGCCUUUACAGAACUAGACAAGCACCAGGACGCGCACGGGCGUUACCUUUUCCUGAAAGGUAUUAUCGCAGAUAAGAUAUAUACAUUUGCCACAAUCUAUGUCCCCAAUAGACACCAAGCCACGUUCUUGAAGGGAACAUUGACCAAACUGCGAGACUUCGCGGAGGGCACCCUGUUGAUGGAAAGGGACUUUAACGCCCCCCUGGACCCGACGUUGGACUCAUCCUCAGGUCAUAGCUGCAUUCCCCAACGCAAUAUUCGAUCCAUUCGAAAUUCCUUGAAUAGCCUAGGUCUGGUCGACUGCUGGAGGGCCCUAAAUCCAACGGGUAAAGACUUCACACACUACUCUCUCGCUAUGCCCGUGAUUGGCGACUGGAUCGCGAAAUAUUCCUACAACUUCAAACACUCUGGGGUCCGAUGUCCAUCGACCUUUUUGCAUUUUGCUUGAACUCCCAGUUACAAGCGUUCUUCAGCUGGAGACCAGAUCCAGACGCCCUAGCAGCGGAUGCAUUCCUCCAACACUGGCCGAAGGGACGGUUGUACGCUUUUCCUCCUUUCGCCCUCAUGGCACAGACGAGCGCAGACAUCGUUGGUCCUCAUAACUCCAUUCUGGACGGCUCAACCUUGGUUCCCUUCCCUCAUGGAGGUUUCCCAUCGACCUUCCAAGAUUACUUCCAGAGGUCUCACACCAUUUACGGGACACAGAGGGCAACUCACACCCCCUCCUGAUCCAAGGGAAUCUCAGACUCUUGGCAUGGCUCCUUUCCGGGGACCCUGGGUCAUACCAGAUGUUCCACAGGACACUCUCGACCUACUGGCAGGAGCAUGGGCACCUGCAAUGAGACGAUCCUACCAAUAUGCCUGGAACGGAUGGAGUAGUUGGUGCAUGGAACAACAGGUGGAUCCCGUACGUGCUCCUGUAAAUUACCUGUUGCGUUUCCUUACCAAGUUAUAUAACCAAGGGUUGGCUUACCGUACCAUUAACGUCUAUAGAUCGGCAAUUUCGGCAGGCCAUCAGGGCUUAGAAGGGACUCCAGCCGGUCAACAACUGCUGGUGUGCCAGCUCCUAUGAGUCAUAAAAUAUGCUCGACCACCCCAAUCUCGAUACUCCUCAUUGUGGGAUGUGAAUCUGGUCCUCCGUUUACUGGAAUCUUGGCCACGAAACGAGGAACUCACGCUUAAACAGCUAUCAGCAAAACUGGUCAUGCUCCUCUGCCUGAUAUCUUGUAAAAGGGUUUCAGAUGUUCAGGCAUUGGACAUAGAUGCACGAUCCUUUACCCCCACGGGAAUGUCAUUCAACCUUGCCAGGUGGACGAAGUCAUCGACUACCUCAGUGUUUUAUCCGACAUUUCCACAUAACAUUAAUCUCUGCCCGGUGGCGCGCCUAAGAGAAUACAAAAAACGAACCCUGGAAUUCAGGAGUCCAAUAAAUCAAGAGUUGUUCUUGGCCAUCAAAAUGCCUCAUCAUCCGGUUUCUACAGCGACGCUAGCCCGAUGGAUGAAAUGGAUUAUGACCUUGGCAAACAUAGAUACAUCUAGAUAUGGCGCUCACUCUACUAGAGGACCUCCUUAGAACAGCAGAUUGGUCCUGUGAAUCUACGUUUAGAGAACAUUAUUUUCGACCUACAGAACAUGUUGCAUCUACAGUUAUUUCACAGCUUUGAACUAGCCUAAUAUGAGCUUGCGUGUCCUGUAAUAAAAUUACCAGAUUUUACUAAUUACAUGACAUAAAGUCAUGAUUUUAUUAAGGACAUGGAGGCGAGUAUUAGCCCACCUAGAAAUGAUACAUUUGGACAUUUAUCAUGCUACUGCUUUGCUUCGGUGAUGCUAACAGUUACCUAAUGUAGGUCUUUUUAAAAAAAAUAUAACUAUAAAGGAAUAUAUCAGUGGAUGGUUUCCCUAUUAUGAUAAUACGAAAAUAGUUAUGGGAACGUAUUUUAACAUUUGUUCUCUCUGUUCCCUUCUAGCCUGAAAACCUAUAAGACGACCGGCAAAUUGACAUCUUCCACAGUUUGAGAGGAUCAGUUGCAGAAGAUCCAGCUCUCCCUAGGAAAGAUUCGUCGCCUGGAUUUCGGCCUAGUUUUGAAGUUUCAAUUUAUGUGUUAUUUGUUGUUCUUAAGUGUUAGAUUCGGCAUCAACAGGAAGGAGGAAGAGAUGGGAGUCACAUGGGACUAUAUGAUAUGUGGACUGUUCCCAUUGGUUAAGAUAUAGUGAUGUAAUGGUUAACCCUAUGAGGGUAUUUGUUCAACUUUUCUACAUUAUGAAUACCUUAGCUUUCUUUGCUGCUGAGGAAUAAAAGAAAGAGAUAAGCCUAAUACUCGCCUCCGUGUCCUUAAUAAAAUCAUGACUUUACAUCAUGUAAUUAGUAAAAUCUGGUAAUUCUUGUGGAAAACAUUCCCAGAAUAGUGGUGACUUAUUAACUGCAUAUUAAUGUCUAUGUAUUUAAAAUGCAAUGUCAUAAAAGUCCUUGUUGGUAUAAUGGUCAGGUUUCCCAAUACUUUUGUCUAUAUAGUGUAUAUGAAAUAUGUCACCUUAAAUUAAAGCCCCUUUGUCCUUUAGAAAAAUGGUAUAUAAUAUCUGCAAUAAAUGAGAAAUAUAUAUAUUUUUGCGGUUGAACACUCAAUUGCAAAAAUAGCAAAAUUGCUUGUGUCCUUAAAGGACCACUAAAGUCACCCAGACCACUUAACCUCGGCAAAGCAUGAGGACACCGAACAUUGGUCCUGCAAAUAAUGUGUCAGGAAGCACCGCAAGUGGCUCUCUAGGUGAUCAUCAGUAGAGCUGCCCUUAGGGAGAAAUGUAAACAUUGCCUUUUCAAAGAAAAGGCAGUAUUGAUAGUACAGAGUCUGAAAGGACUCCUUACACCAACACCACUCCAUUAAAGAAACAUGUAUUCCUAACACUAUUUUAAUUGCAUGCCCCUCCCCAUGUGAGAGUUAAAGGGGCUUCAGCCCUUACUGCUCAGUAGUGAAGCUCCUCCUGUUUGGCUGAGAUAAUCAGUGUAGUGCAGGGAUCCUCAAACUCCGGCCCCCUAGAUGUUGCUGAACUACAACUCCCAUGAUUCUCUGGCUAUCUAUGUAAUUCAAAGUAUCAUGGGAGUUGUAGUUCAGCAACAUCUGGGGGGCCGGAGUUUGAGGACCCCUGCACUACCCUGGUGUAGUGGAUCUGAGCCACUUCAAUGCUUUCCAGUCCAAUGCCACAAGUGGCGUUGUAACCCUACAAUGUAAACAUUGCCAUUCCUGCAGAACAUUAUACAUUGCAGGGUUUAAAAUAACAGGGGCAUGCCUGGCACCCAGACUACUUCACUGAGAUGAAGUGGUCUGGGUGCCUAUCUAUAGUGUCCUACUAAGUUAUAUCUGGGCUAAUAGUGUUCCUACGAGGGACUAUAUUUUUAAAUAGCUUAUUUUAUGUUUUUCUAACACAUUUGCUAGCCACUCCACUAGCACAAUGUGUAGAUGGAAUUGAAUAUACUAUAUUUAUUUUUCUACUUUUAAUAGGUGCGUGCACAGAGCCACCAGAGGGCGCCAUCAUAAGUAACAGUAGGAAGACUCUAACAGGAAGUGGUCGCUUGUCUCUUUCUGUAAUUUUUUUCCCCCAGCCCUGAACUCUAUGACCCAGAAACCAUAUGAUGAAUAUCAUAACAUCCGGGAUGAGAUUGUUGAGUGAGUUGUCGCUGUUGUAGUUCCGAAUGGUGAUAGAUGUGUAACGGUUACUCUGUUUAAAGUUUACAUGGAUUCACCACGUUCUGUUUAUUUAGAGUGGGCAGAGUUCUGUGAGAGGUAAAAUCCCUGCUUUGAAUUCACCACUAUUACAACGAAGGGCAUAUCGUGUCCCAAGGACUGGUGCUCAGUUGUAUUGGGUAACAGGGCUGACCUCCUGUACCUCAUCUGCUACCCUGCACCAGGUUAUCUUAUGUGGUGCCUCGCCAUGGUGGCUGAGCGUUGUGGGAAGCAGUCUGCUGUAGCUAGAGUGCCAGAGGUUGGCUAUGAAUGA